AACAGAAGCCUCUCUCCCGUCCGCUACUCGCCAAUCUCCACCACCACCAAGAAUAAUUCUAUCAAUUGCUCUCUACCCAUUCCACAUCCAUCACAAUGAAGCCAGUCACUCGAUUUGCCGGCACAGCCAUCCGUCGCGCCGCCCGCACUUCUCUUCGCGUCCAGUCGCCCGUCAAUUGCAUCAUCGCUAGCAGGGUCCCAGCUAUCAGCCAUGCCGCCCCGGUACGCAGCUUCCACGCAUCAAUGGGCAUGAGAGUGGGCAUGAUGCCCGACUCAGAAGACCCCAAGCCAAAGGAGAGCGAGGCCCACGACGAGCCUGGCAAGCCGACCGAGCUCUCAAUAGAGGAGUUCCACGAGCGCGCAGACCACUACCUGGGCGAGCUGCUGCAGAGGUUAGAGGAGGCUCAGGAGAACGACCCCGCGAUUGAAGUAGAUUACUCGGCCGGCGUCCUCGAAGUCACCUCGCAACAGAAUACCUUCGUUUUGAACAAGCAACCUCCAAACAAGCAGAUCUGGCUCAGCUCCCCGAUAUCCGGUCCCAAGCGUUUCGACUGGGUCGUGGCACAAGAGGGCAUGGACUUCAAGGAGGGUGGAGGCAUCGGCGACUGGGUGUACAUGAGGGACGGCAGCUCGCUGACUGAGAUUCUCAGGAAAGAGCUGGGCGUUGACGUCAGUGUUGACGAUGAGGUCCCGCGUUAGGACAAGCGGGCUAUGCCUGGUAGCACAUGCUCCAUCUAACACAGUGUGGCCCUGAGCACACAUGAUUCAACGGUAGCCAAUAGCGAAUAGCGAAUAGCGACAAUGAAGUUUGAUUGCGCACGCUC